AUGUCUCUGUUCAAUUUCGUCUUUUGCUGCUUUCCCACAAGACCAAAAUAUCACAAAUCGCAGGAGACCCAGAAUGUUUUUCUAUUGGAUAUGCCGGAUGUAGUUAUGAGAGAAAUAUUGAAAAACCUGGAUUUCGUGACAAUUCGAAAACUUCGAAAAGUGUGCCACGCGUUCCGUGAUUUCAUCGAUUGUGAAAACCCAGACAGUAACUUGAAAUCCAUCGACCUACAAGCGACAGCGGAUACGAUUUUUGGAUUUACAACAAUGCUUUCGACACUCUCACAAUCAGCCAAAGAUAUUCAGUUCUUUUACAAAGAACAGGAUCACCUAUGUGUAAUGCAAAGUGGUUCUCGGUGUGCAACAUUUCAGAAUAACUGCGUCGAUUUAUGUGUUGAUGAUUUCCUUUGGCCAGCAUUGAAACACCAAAAAUCGCUAAUGAACGAUCUAUGUGUCAUAAAAAAGUGGAAGUUUGAUGAGAAUCGUCAACCUGUUUUACAAAAUCCCGGGAAGUUUGUUGUGCCAACUGUCGAAAAACUAUUUGAAAGAUUGAUUAAUGUUUUGGAAUCAAGAGAUCGUUUACUUCAAGUUGAAUCUCUGGCGAUUUCAUUACAUGGACAAGAUCAACUGAUGCAGCUGCUUCGUCAUGUUGAUUUAAAGGUGUUGAAACGUCUGGAAGUGUGCAGACUAGUAGAAACAGAACAAUCUUUGGACCAUCGUAACAACUACAACGAUUCUGCUUUGGAUCUCGGCAUACUGAAAGAUUGUAAAAAUCUGGACAACCUUCAUGUGACUUAUUUCUCCAUAUCUUCUCCAUUCCGCAUCCUUGCUCAUAUUCCUAAUCUGUCAGUUAACAUGCAAACAAUCUACUCUGAAGAGUUAUUAUUUUUCAAAAAUACCAUGGACAAUUUGAACAUCAAUGCUCGCUCGGAAAUUCGAUAUGGACAGUUUCCCGACAAAUCUCGUUUUAUGGAAGCUAUGAGGAUGGCGGAGAAUGACAAUCAAUGGAAAUGUUUGGUUUUUAACUGGAGACAGGAUUCAUAG